ACCGCGUGUGGCUCCAGUGUCGUAAUUGGCUGACUCCGCUGGAAUGUGGCUUCAAUGUGGCUCUGCCGUGGUCAACUCUCAAUAGAGGGAACGAUGUGAGCGACAUCAAGGGUUGCGCUUCAGGGCAGACUAAGGAGCCACAUGUGGUCGAGCCAAACUGGACAGAAUAGAUACUCUCGAGACACGGAGAUGGCGGGCUACUGUAUCCCUGUGGAGUGCUGAGGCAAUGAUUCUCAUCUUACUAUAAAGUACAGUUGCUCGCCGCGAGACGUAAUCGCUUUGAAGGAGCAACCAGUCAAGCAACUGAGCACUGCCAUUAGACUCCUCUAUUUAAUUUGCCUGGGAAUGCCACAACAACCAAAAUGGCCAGGGCUGCCGAUUUCGCUGCUGCAUCACGUCCAUUCAGGGCAGAUGUCGAGAUCCACGAUGUCGAGGUUGAAGGAGUAAUCCCGAAAGAGCUAGACGGCACUUUCUACAGAGUGGUUCAAGACCAGUAUUCCGACGGGUCCUAUUACGAAAAUGGGUCCAAGACCGUCCCUUUUGACGGAGAUGGAAGCGUCAGCGCCUUCCGGAUCAAAGACGGGAAAGUCUCUUUCCAACAGAAAUAUGUCUUGACAGAGCGUCUGGUUGCGGAGCGAAAGGCCGGUCGAUCCCUCUUCGGGAUCAACAAGAACCCCUUCACCCACCACCCGUGCGUACGUGCCGUCGUCGAUACUUCGGCCAACACCAAUGUUGUAGUGCAUGCCAACAAACUGCUGGCGGUGAGCGAGGGUGGGCCGGCAUACGAGCUCGAUCCCAACGGCCUACGAACCAUUGGACACGCACCGUUUCCGGAGACUCAUCCCACCAAGGCGUUCACGGCGCACCCUCAUGUUGAUCCCGAGACGGGUGACAUGAUUGCUUUUGGCUACGAAACCGAAGGACUGGACAGCCCAAAUACGCGAAACUACAUUGUCCUCACUCGUAUGCCCUUCACGAUUGACCUCAAAGACCUAGAGAAGCCAGGAAAUCAUCAGUGGUACUAUGAUGAGGAGUGUCCCGCGUAUUUUGGACUGGUGCCACGCGACCUUAAUAAGCCAGUUCGCUGGUUCAAGUAUCACAAUUCGAUGCCGAUUCAUACGGGCGCAUCUUGGGAGGAAGACGGGAAGGUGUACUUCGAUACGACUCUUGCUUCGCACAAUGGGCUCAGUUUUCUCCCGAGCCGCCACGGCCCCAAACCUGAGCCAAAGGACGUUGCGGUCAACCACGUCAAGUUCUGCAUCGACCCCAACAACAGCGAAUCCGACGUACUCCCGGACCCAGAGAUUGUACUUCGCGGCCCUUGCGAGUUCCCAAGAAUCGACGAAAGGUUCCUCAUGAGCAAGAAUCCCACCCGCCAGCUCUUCCAAGGCCUCAACACUUUGGCUCGCGUCGACUACGAAACGGGCGAGGUCGAGUACUUCUCGCCCGGCCCCAACUGCCUGGUUCAGGAACCGGCUUUCAGCCCCAGACACCCUGAUGCGCCGGAGGCCGAUGGGUUCCUCAUCACCAUGGUGGAUAACAUGGAGCUUGGCAGGAAUGAGUUGAUAAUUCAAGACACGCGCGAUUUCCAAACGGCUGUCGCCAAGGUCAUCCUGCCUUUCCGUCUUCGUUCCGCUGUACAUGGAAAUUGGGUUGAUUCGACGAGGAUCGCGGAUGCCGAGCCGUACGAGGUGCAGUCUUUCAGGGACCUCUACCCCCAUAUUCCGACAGUUGGGCCCGAUUCGGGCAGCAAGGUCAACGAGGCGUCCAAGAUAUGAUAUUCUGAGAGAGUUUUGUAUACAUAUGGCUAGUCUAUCACAAAUUGGCACUGGCCUUCUCGAGUAGAAGUGAAGUAAAAUGAAUAAAGAAGAUGAGUGGUUGCAACAUGCAAAGACUUGGAUGGAGUGAGCGAUUGGUUGAAGGUGUGUGAGUCACAGCUCCACAACUGUGUGGAAUAGGUAUUAUUUGCAAAACCGUUAAAGUUUUCAUCAACAAGCCUGAGCACAAUAGCUCAGGGGUAGAG